UCAGGUGGCUGGCUCCGAGGCUCGCUCGAGCAGUCGAGCUUCGGCUCGUUGACAGCCCUCCCGCUCAGGGCUCAGCCGCUCAGGGCCUCACGUUUAUCUCCUCCCUCUGUUUCUUGAACCAUUCACUUCUCUCGGACUCUCUCCUCCCUUGCUCUCCCUUCCCUGGUGGCGGCGGCGACCGAGCGGCGGCGUCAUUUGUCCUGUCUUCGCCUAACCCUUUGCUGGCGACGAGCGCAUCCUUCAGUUUUAACAAUGAAGAUGAUCGCUGCCUACCUGCUCGCGGUUCUGGGUGGAAACACUUCCCCAACUGCUGAUGACGUUAAGAACAUUCUGGAAUCAGUUGGGGCUGAAGCUGAUGAAGAGAAACUGGACUUCCUGCUCACAGAACUCAAAGACAAGGACAUAACAGAAGUGAUUGCAGCUGGAAGGGAAAAGUUCGCCUCCGUCCCUUCAGGUGGUGGUGCAAUUGCUGUGGGAGCUCCGGCUGCUGCAGCUGGUGGUGCUGCACCUGCUGAAGAGGCAAAGAAGGAAGAGAAGGUUGAAGAGAAGGAGGAAUCAGAUGAUGAUAUGGGUUUCAGCUUGUUCGAUUAAGCACUGCUGCCCCGCAUAUAGUUUCUUCUCACGUGUGGUCUGAUACACCGGUCGGUAUCCGCAAAAUAACCAUGCCGAGAACUAGUAUCAGUGUGCUAUUUUGCUUGUGAUGAUGGACAUUUCUAGUACUCUUUUUUGAACGCGAACAUUUCUAGUACUGUGGUAUCAUGAUAUGGAGUAUUGAGAACUACUCUGUGCUAUUUCGUGUGUGAUGAUGUACGUGUCUAGUACCGUUGGUAUGGUAGCAUGUCCUCUUCAGGAAACUAAAGAAGUUGAAUGUUAGUCUGCAUAUGUGAAAUUUCGGAAUGUUAA